AUGGCAGAGAAGCAGGAGCAACCAGAGCAUAACUUGCCUCUAGAGGGAGAGGGGCAAUCCAAAGAACUUCAACGCAAUAAACGCAUGAAAUGUUUCGCAUAUGUUCUUGCGUUUGCUGUGUUUCAAACCGGUGUGAUAUUGAUCUUUGUACUCGUCUUCUUGAAAAUCAGAACCCCAAAGUUCCGCCUGCAUUCUGCCACAUUUGAGAAUUUUAAUGUCACGGCAUCUUCGUUCCAAAUGAGAAUGAAUGCUGAACUUGAUGUCAAGAACGCCAACUUCGGCCCCUACAAAUUCGACAAUAGUAGCAUUACCUUCUUCUACCGGGGUGCACAAGUAGGGAAUGGUUUUAUUUCUAAGGCAUCGGCUAGAUUUCGAUCAACCAAGAAGUUCAAUGUCACAAUAGAUCUUUCAUCAACCAAGUUACCAAGCAGUGCCGAAUUAGGAAGUGAUCUCAAAUCUGGGAUUUUGCCGCUGACGAGCCAUUCCACAUUGAAUGGAAAGGUGGAGCAAAUGAAGGAGAAGGAGAAUGGAGAAGCAGCCCUGCUCGGCGAUGGGAAAAGCUUUAACCAUGGCGGUUGUGAAGCGCCUUAG